AUGGCCGAUGCCAAGGAAGGCCCGGCGCCGCCUCGGGCCCCACCCGCCGUCGCGGAGGGCGCCGCGGAGGCCGCCGCCGAGGCCGCCGCGGAGGGCGCCGCCGAGGGCGCCGCCGAGGGCGCCUCCGAGGGCGCAGCCGAGGGCGCCGCGCGGGAGCUCGGCCAGAUCACGGUGUCGGAGCGCGAGCUGCCCAGCUCCGGGGCCGAGCUCGGCCACAUCACGGUCUCCGAGCGCGGGCCGCCCGCCGCUGCGGAGGGCGAGGACGGCGCGGGCCGCAGCGCCGAGGCGGGCGCCCGCGGCCGGGGCGCCGCCGAGCGGCUCCGGGCCGCGGGCGCGGCCGAGCUGCAGAGCGCCCGCGUCGUCGAAGAGGGCGCGCGCCUGGCGCAGUGGCAGCAGUGGCAGCAGGAGCAGGCCCACGCGGCGUACGCGCGCCAGGCCUACCAGCAGCACCUGGCGCAAUGGCAGAUGGCGCAGGCGUACCAGGUGCUGCAGUACCAGGCCGCGGGGGGGCAGGACCCAGCCCGCGCCGCCUGGCUGGCGCGGGCGUGGGCAAGCCAGGCCCAGCAGCACCAGUGGCCCGGCAGCGGCCCCUGGCGCCCCGCGGGCGGCUGCUACGCGGCCUGAGCCGCGCGGGGGGGACGCCCUUUUCGAGGGGAAGCAUCCUGGUCAGGAGAGG